AUGCGACCUGUAUAUCUGUUUUCCCAAAUCCCAAAAUGUCUACUUCUCAUCUGCGCGGGAUUCUCCAACAUAGUCAAUGGUUUGAUGUUCGAUAGCUACCCAAGUACAGUUGAGGUUGGCAAGACUUAUGAAGUCCGUUACAGCCCUGGAGGCAAUUCUGUAACUAUGCACCAGCCCGACCUUUCCUUCGUGUUUAAGCUAAUAAGUCCUGGUGACCCGAACUCACUUGGGACCGUCGGAACUCUCACUACUAGCGCCACUGGUGGUAUAUUUCGGUGGACGGUGGACAGUUCGCUUCCUAAUGGCGAAGAUUACGCAUUAGAAAUUCGGCAAGGCAACAGCGACCUUAAUUUUUCUGGCCUUAUUAAAGUCACAGGCUCGAAUGACAGCCCAUCUUCGUCAGCCGCUAUAAGCUCUCUACCUCCUUCUAGUAACCCUCCGAGUACCCGUCCGAGUAGUCCUCAGAACAGCGCUUCCACGUCUCCAGAGACUCCAACAUCAACAAGUGCUCCAAUCCCCUCCUCCUUGAGCCCUGCCUCCGCAGGGACCAAAAGCGCACAAGCCACGGCCACUUCGGCAACCUCAGCCAUCACGUCUGAGAAAUAUGCUGGUAGUACUUCAACAAAAAAGGGCGAGUCAUCUACCUUUGCCUUAGAAACGGUUGCGACUACUACAACGUCGACGCGAUUUUCUGCGACGGGAUCCACCACUCAGAGUUUACCAAUAGGCACAAAGAUUGGGAUAGGUAUUGGUGCAGCCAUUGGAGGACUGAUUCUUGCGCUCGCCGCAUUUUUCCUCAGAGCAUCAUUCCGGCGAAAGGCAUCAGGGCCCAGGAACCAAGAAUCAGGGGAUAUUGUAGGCAUGCCAGAAAUUGACGGAAAGGAGAUGAAGAUUGGGGACGAUCGACCUGAGAUUGAUGGAAGCGAGACACAAGCGCCAAUACUCCUUGGGAGGGCGGAAAUGAACGGGGCACCAGAUCGAGCCCUAGUUCGACCGGAGUUGGUUGAUACACUACCUCAGCGUCUCUCUUCAACCCCUGCAGAAAUGGACGGCGAGGCGGUGCGAGCCGAGAUGGAUGUUCAACCCAGUACGUCUUCGCCACAGGAGCUUCUUGUUUCUGUCGAUACAAGCGAGGCCACGGUACUUUCUCUUGAGAACGAGCAACCGGAAGUUAAGGAAACAAAACCGUUCGAAGAUCCACGAUUGACGCAGAACCCGUGGGCAUAG